GCAAAGAAAACUCGAUUUUUACGACAAUGUAUAGCUUUGCAAAUUUAUGCAAUCCUAUCCAUCGCCUCAGUAUUGCUCCCUAUUUCCUUCUUUUGCUUUUGGUCUCUUCCUACAAGCAGAGUAGUACUAAACUCUCUUUCUGUUUGGCUAGUGAUGAACUUUCAAGCACUGUAAAAACAAAGUCAUGCAUUGACGAAGAAAGACAAGCGCUUCUUAUCUUUAAACAACAUCUUGUUGAUCCUUCUGGUAGGCUUUCCUCUUGGAUGGGUCACGAUUGCUGUCGAUGGGAAGGAAUUUCAUGCAACAACAGCACUGGUCGUGUCGUGAAGAUGGACCUCCGGGAUCCAUAUCCAUAUACCCAAUAUGAUAUCGAGUGGAGCGAGUCGGCUCAUGAAAGGUCUCGCUUGAGAGGUAAGAUAAAUGCAUCUCUGUUGAGCUUGAAGCAUUUAAAUUACCUGGACCUAAGCGAUAAUGAUUUUCAAGGCAAUCAAAUUCCUAAGUUCUUUGGGGAGCUUGAAAGUUUGCAGUAUCUCAACCUCUCGUCUGCAUCAUUUGAGGGAGAGAUUCCCCCUUCUCUUGGUUUAAAAGGUCAAAUUCCCAAAGUCAUUGGAAAUUUAUGCAAGCUAAAGUUUUUGAGUCUUACCCAAAACAAUUUUGAUGGGGGAAUGGAAGAGUUUUGGAAGUCUUUCUCAAAUUGUCCAAAUAAUACAUUAGAGUCACUAGAUUUAUGUUAUUGUGGGAUGCAAAGCCAACUGCCGGCCUCCUUAGGAAUGUUUAAAAGUUUGUAG